AGGAGGAGUUGAACACAAGAUCCGAGCAAAAACUUCCCUUGUCAAUGUCUAUGUGGGCCUCGCGGUGUGCAGCACGUCUGGGACAGAAACACUUCGGAUUGUAAAAAUAAACUAAAGUUAGUGACUAACAAAAGAGAGGAGCAUGUACAUUCAAACACGGAGACAUUCGUUUGAGUUGUUAUUCAAGUGUGUAACGGUUAGUUAAAAUAAUGGAAAUUGGGGAAGUAUGGAUUUGCGCGUUAUUGAACGACUUGGAGAGCGCGCACCCACGGAAAGGGUAACCACAUGCAAACGGAUUGGGAGAGGAGGACACUGGUGAAGAAGUGACUAUUUAAUCCCACAAAGAAAUUGUGAGAGAAUUGUGACAGGUAUGAAUAACGGCACGAUAAAAGAUGGGCCCCGAGAGCCUACUAUUCCGGUGAUUAUGUUUAUUUUAGGAGUGGUGGGGAAUGUCAUCGCCAUCGUGGUGCUCCGAAAGUCUCGGAAAGAACAGAAGGAGACCACCUUCUACACGCUGGUGUGCGGACUUGCAGUGACCGACCUUUUGGGCACGCUGCUGGCCAGCCCCGUCACCAUCGCCACCCGUGUGCAAGGGAAGUGGCCGGGAGGAGAGUCACUGUGUCAGUACUCCGGCUUCAUCCUUCUCUUCUUCUUUCUGGUCGGCCUCAGCAUUAUCUGUGCCAUGUCCAUAGAGAGAUACUUGGCCAUAAAUCAUGCAUAUUUCUACAACCAUUACGUGGACCAAAGACUUGCUGCGUUGACGCUUGCGGGAAUCUACAUCUCCAACGUGCUGUUCUGCGCGCUGCCUGCCAUGGGACUCGGUAAGGUGAAAAAGCAGUUCCCAGAGACCUGGUGCUUCAUCGACUGGCGGACUAACGACUCCACGCACGCCGCCUUCUCCUAUAUGUAUGCCGGGGUGAGCUCUUUCCUCAUCCUCACCACGGUCAUAUGCAACGUGCUGGUGUGCGGGGCGCUGAUUAUGAUGCACAAGCGGUUCAUCCGCAGGACAUCGCUGGGUACGGAACAGGGAGGUCGCAUAGCUGUCCUCAGGCGCAGACGGAGCUUCCAACGCAUGGCCGGCGCAGAGAUCCAGAUGGUCAUUCUGCUCAUCGCUACCUCCGUGGUGGUUCUCAUCUGCUCCAUACCAUUAGUGCUGCGGGUGUUUGUGAACCAGCUGUCCAUGGUUGCGUUCGACGCCCAUUCAACUCCCCUAGAGAAGAACCCAGAUCUCCACGCCAUCCGCAUUGCCUCCAUCAACCCUAUCCUGGAUCCCUGGAUCUACAUCCUGCUGAGGAAGACUGUCCUGCUGAAGCUGGUGGAGAAGAUCAAGUGUCUGUUCUGCCGUAUGGGCUGCCGGGGGCGGGGCUCAGGGGUCAGGGGUCAAUUCCGCUGCGGAGGUGAAGGUCAUCCGAAUUCGUCCAUCGUAUCCCGAGAUUCACCGUCGCUGGUGUCCCGCGAGCUGAGGGAGGUCAUCAGUACUUCACAGACGUUUCUUUAUUUGCCAGAGGGGACCGGGGGGGGGUCUAGAGGGACAGGGGGAGAGGGAAGACCCAGGCCCCCGGCUGUGGAGUGCUCCCUGCUACAGGACCAACAGACACCAGGGGGGAAGGGGAUGCAAAAUGAUUCCAAAAAGGGCACUUUAGGCUCCAGUAUAUCAAUGAGGACAGAUGGGACAGUUGACCCUUCACCUCUGAACAGGGUGCCAUCGGUCAGAAAAGACAAGACUCUACAUGUGACGUUUACAGACGAGACACUGAACUUACAGGAGAAAUGCAUCUGACGGACACAAACACAAACUCCGGAAGAGUGGCGGAUAACACAGAAAAGUCACAGAGGGGAAAAAGGACGUCUAAUAGCCUUAAAGGUUGGGACUUCUGAAGGGUUAAACUCAUAAGGAAAAUGUUUCCCUGUGUCGUGUUUGUACUCUUAUAAAAACAACUACAUGAAACAAAUAAGACUGGGAGUUGGUUGAGUUCAUCAGUGAUGCUCCUAACUGAAGCAUGAUGUCCUGUUUAGGGUUCGGUCAAAAUGUCACACGGUGCCAAAGUGGAUUGUAGGAGAUUGGAUCUAUUUACAUAGAUCAUAUAUUGGAUCUAUUAUAUAUGUCACAUUCUUAUUACAAGAAUACCAAUAUAAUAUACCAGCACACACAUCAAUAAUGAACAUAAAAUGUAAUUUCAACUUUAUAAAGACAAUAAGGAGAUUUCAUUGCAUUUUUCAAAAACUCAAACCCACUGAAAGGCACUAAAUGCUACCAUGCUAUCAUAGUGCUAUCUGAGAUCCUUGGGACGUCCACACCCCCUAAACCCUAACUAAACCAGAACAUUUUAAAAUUUCAACUACAAAGAGGUAGGGACAUCCCAACAAUCCCAGAUAGCGAGGACCACUGCUUACCACUGGCCUCCACCAAUACAGUUGUUGUGAUACACUGUAUAGUCAUGAGGCUACAAUGUGAAUUGUGUCCCAUAACAUCAAUUUAUUUCAGAAAAAAAUAAAAAAUACAUGUUUCUUCUCUGUGAGAAGGUCUAGCUAGUUUGUAUCCAUGUCAAAUUUCUACAAAAUGGAUUGAAAUUGUAUGCUAUAUUUCAACAUUUGCAAACAAUUGUAUCAUAUUGGUUGACUUGGCAGUUUCAAAACAAUGCCUGAAAUAUAAAAAUCCAGCAAAACUAUUGAGCAUAUAAUCCCAUGCAUAAGACUAAAGACUCAAAACAACAAAAACAAACAAAAAGACCCAUUUCAGUCCAUAAGAUCCAUUCUAGUCCAUAAAAUUAAUUCUAGCCCAUAAAUCCUUAGAGACAGAUCAUAGUCCCCGUGCUUUGACCAACUGAUCCUGUGAUGAAGAGGGUGUGUCCCCUGACCCCUCCUCCUCCACAGGUACCUCCCUAGAAUUCCCCUCAGCGUCGACAACCACGACUGUCCUCUUCAGUUCCUCAUAGUGUCUCUGUCUCUCGGCUACGGCAGCGCAGGCCACCACCACCUCGUCUGACUCAAAGUCGUAGUCCUGCUGAAGCUCUGGAGGGUUCAGGACAUCCCGCUGGGCCUCCUCCUCCCGCUGGGUCUGGUCCUGGGCCGUCUGUCUCUUCUGCAGCAGCCGCCGCGCCCACGCCAGGUCAUCCGACCAGAGGGGGCGCUCUGACGGACACAGGUGGACCGCUACCUGGAAGGACCUCACCGCCUGUUGACAGGACGAAGACCUUUGUGGUAUUUUCCUUUCUGUUAACAUCUUUUUAUUGAUUUAAGAUGAACACAAAUGACUGGUAAUGAAGGACAAUAAUUGUUGUGGGGAAGAUGAAUGAAGUAUAAAAAUCCAGCAAGACUAUUGAGCAUAUAAUUCCAUGCAUUUCACUCUGUUACUUGUACUGAGCUUGUACAGAUAGGAUCUUAAUUUGACCUGUAUUGUCGCAGCAAAAUAAUCCUGCAGGAUUUGGACGUUUAGUCCAUAAUGUUGCCUAAUCGAUGGUUAGGCUAUUAGCCGGUCAAAAUGAGGCUACAUGAAAAGUGGAAUAAUAUUAAUAUAACCAUGUGUUAGUGUGGGUGUUCAGUGAAUUUAUGUAAAUCACAAAGAUUCUAUGCAUUUCCUGCGGCGCAAAAGAGUGAUCAAAUUAAGAUCCUACAGCUUGUAUGGUUGAAAUAACAAAGGGGAUUUACAUUGCUGUUGUCUUUUGUUCAAAUGACACUUUAUAGGUGCAUGGCAUUACUUCCCCCCCAAUUAAAUGAUAUCAGUGAACUGAAAUGUGCUUUUGGAUGAUUUGCUUUUAAUGUGGCUAAAGAAAAGAGAUACAGUAUGUUUCUAAGUUUAAAAUAUUAAAUUAAGGAUUUCAAAGUUUAAAAUGAACCAGCUCACACAAGUCUAUCUGUACGGACACCGAGCAACAUUACGAUAUUGCACUCCUAUGAUUGCACCCCCUCACGACAAAUUUGACUGACAUCUCAUUACUACUAGGCUAACCAAACAUUGCAUCAAGCUGCUAUAUGGCCAUGAGAAGUACGCUAGAUUGAAACUCUGGCUGCCCCUCGACACCUCCAUGUUUCAAGUCCUGUCCACACUCCUUCUGAAGUAGAGAAACUCCCUCAGAGCUUGAUGGUGAAGGAGGGUCAUAUUGGACUGUGCAAAAUACAAUCAACCUGAACCAGCCUUUUACUGAUUACCUAAACUCACAACAACUUUGACUGACAUUAUUAUCAAUAAGCAGUAUUUGUAAAAAGCGGUUAUGGCUAUGAGAAGUAGAGCGAAAUACCCAGAGCUCGAUGAGGAAGGUCGUAAGCAGGCCACAGGAAAACGCAGCAAAACACAUACAGCCAACCUGACUCAGUCUUUACGACUGACCUGGUAACCUGACUACCUGAUCAAAGCCUCUGAACAAAUAAGUUAUCAAUCAGUCCAGCCCACUGAUGGCACUAAAAAUAAACAUAAAUACUGAUUACAGGAUUAAUCUGACGGAGGUUACAGAUCAUUGAUCAAUAUCAGUCACCAUCCUUCAUCCUAAUGUUUU